AUGGACGAAAUUUCUGAUUAUUCGUUUGCAAGCAUUUCUGGACUGAAGAAUGUGGAGCCAAAAGAGACUUCGUCUUUGACAAAGCGAUAUAUAAACUUUCCACCAAUAUAUAGUAAGCACGGUCGAUAUCCGAAACCAAAAAGGUAUCCAAUUGAACAAUUUAGUACUUUAAGAGAUCAAGAAUCUGCAAUAAUUUGUGAUUUACUUUACGUCUUGGCGGGGUUUGAAGGUUACUAUAUCAGGUAUGCCACAAACUUCGAUCCCCAGGACAUUGAACAUCAGCUUGAGGGUCCUGAAUUUCUAAUCAACAAAAGAAUAGAUACCAGUUUGAAAGACAUUACUAAACGGAUUGUCAAAGCCGGAAAGUUUUAUUAUGCAUUAAGUUCAUUUGUCCAGGUGUAUAACACCCUGGCACAUGGGCGUAUUAUGCAGGCAUUCUGCUUUCUCAUAUCUCAUCAGUUAAAAGAAUACGAGAAUUUUUUAGUGCGAAUUGAAAGAGAAUACAAGACGGAACCGAAAUUUUCAUUAAUGACAUUAGAGCACAAAUUGAAUAGCUCUUUGGAUAAAGGUGAAAUCACGCCAUUCAUCAAGAUGCAAUUGCUAUAUAGCAUUACUAUUAAAAUAAACAGUGAAAACAAGAAGAGAUCUAAUAAUUCAAAGUUUGAAAGCAUGCAUUUUUUGAAUAUUAUGAAAUCAUUGAAAGAUGAUCAUUACACAGGAACCUUAGAUGGAGUGGCAUCUGAUUCUGGUAACAGCAGAUUUGUUAAAGGUGGUGUUAUAUUAUGUCUGCUUCAGCAGAAUAUCGAUGAAUGCAAAGGAAACAGUAAAUUUUAUCAAUAUUUAAGAUAUGUCUUUGGUUAUGUUUCAAAAGACUACGUUGAAAUGCUUAAUAAUUGGCUACAAUUUGGGAUUAUUGAUGACCCGUAUAAUGAAUUUCUUAUAAGGGAAGCUACAGAAAGUGACAAGAAAAAUUUCGAUGCAAUGCAAUGGGCAGAUAAGUUCACAAUUAAACGAGAAGGCCUACUUCGACAAUUCGAGGAGACUGAAUGUCAGAAGAAAAUAAUAUUGACGGGAAAAUAUUUAAGCGUGUUUAGAGAAUGCGUUGGAAUAGAGUGUUUGAAAAGGGAUAACAACGAGCAGAAACUAAAAAAUUUACAGGACCCGGACGUUCAAAUUCACAUAGAUGAUGCAUACAAUAGGGCUAAUGAUUAUAUAAUACAACUUUUUUUUGGAAGUUAUUACUUGGGGGACUGGAUAAAUUCCUUGAACAACAAUUUUCUCUUAUUGAAUGGUGCUAGCUUUGACAGUUUCUUAGAUUUAUCACACAAUUCUUUGAGACGAUCAUUUGACAGAGCUUCUCUUACAUCAAUAGAUCAUGCUUAUAGGGAGAGCUAUAAAAUUUCGGAUAGUUAUAAGCCAAAUGGAUGUGGGCCGCAAUUGAAAGUUGAAAACACUGUCAGAAAACUUAUGGUUCCCAUAAUAUCCGACGAAUCCUUUUUAAAUGAACUUUCUACCAUUCUAAAAACGGAAUCGACAGAUGCAAAUAAAGUAUUUUCCAUGGAAACCAUAGACUCUCUCAGACAGCUGUUACGCUCAGUCUUAGAAAGAAACAAUACUAAUCUUAAAAGUCAUCUUAUUUCUCCAAAGACAAAGAUUGAUUACUAUGCUAUUCAUAGAUUUACUAUAGACAUUGGUAUGCCCUUUCCUUUAAAUCUGAUUUUAACAAGUUCACAAAUAUUUGAAUACCAACUUAUCUUCAGGGAGCAGGCUCUUAUGAGAUUUGUUGAUAAAUCUUUGUCCAUCGCCUGGAAGGAUUUAUGUCACAACAAAUUAUUUAGGCAAAAGCAGAACGAUAGGUCCAUUCCGAAAUGGAUCCAAAAAUUCCGUAUGUUGGGUAUGGACAUGACUGACUUUAUGAGAAUUUUACAAUUUUACCUAAAUUUUACGGUUAUUGACGUCAACUGGAGGAAAGCUGAGCAUACAUUCAUCGAUGCUGCUAACAACAAUAACGUGAGUCUUGAAACUGUUUAUUUUGAACUUAAAACAUUUUUAAGUACGGUCCUAAACAAUUCAAUGCUUACGAAAUUGAAACUUGUCAAAGUUCUUCUGGCAAUAUUUGAUGUGGUUUUACGCUUUUCGAGUUUGACUGCUUUAUUUAAGCAGAGUAUUAAAUCGAUGGCGGGUCAUGACAAUUCAUUUGAAACAGAAAACUCGGAUGAUAUGGAGGAGAGCCAGGCAACAUUUGGGAAUAUCAUAAAAAUGCUUGAUAACUAUUCGGCAACUUUCCGGGCGAAGUUAACGGAAUUUGAAAUCCUUUUGAAUUAUUACGGUGAACUUGAUACAGACCCCUUUCUCCAACUUUAUAACAGCCUUUCCGUGAGUUUUCAGCACUUGCAAAAAAAGGUGAAACUGUAA